AUAAGAGACCAUGAUUCAAUAACAAAGGAACUAACCUAAUAAAUUGUGAUCAAAAUCAUAAUGAAGAUCACUCCAAAUGAAAUUAUGGAGGAGAAUGUCUCCAACGCGUCUUGGACGGAAUCAGAACUUGAAAAUCGCAACCGGAGGGUGGUGAAAAUGGUGUACAAGGCACUACUACGUGGUGGUGAGACGGAGAAGAUAGCAAAAGUGGUAGGAAAAGAAUUGGAAUGGAGGUAUCAUGGACCUCCACAUUGCCAACAUAUGAUGAAAAUGUUGACCGGUGAGUCGACACAAAAGAGUUUCAAGUUUAGGCCAAGGAGAAUGAGGAGUGUUAUGGGUGACCGUUUGAUUGUUGAAGGAUGGGAAGAUGUGGGGGAGUAUUGGGUACAUGUGUGGAGGGUCAAGGAUGGGAUUAUUACUCAGCUACGUGAGUAUUUCAACACUUUGCUCACUGUGGUUUCUGAGGAUGGAAAUGAGGGUAGGCUUUGGAGGAGUACUCCUUGGGCUAGGGUUCAAGGAUCCUUGCCUGAUCUUGUGCUUUCCAUAUGAAUCAUGCCAUGAUAUGAUAUGCUAUCUCCUAGCGAAGAAUGUUAGCAACACAUAUUUUAACAUAUACUUUUCAACACAUUCUCCUUGAUUAGUUAAAAUUCACAUGGGUCCUAUCAAAUUAUAUGGGUCUCAUGUGAAUUUAAUUAAUCAAAGAGAGUGUGUUGAAAAAUGUAUAUUAAAAAGUGUGUUCCUGGUAUUUCUCAUCUCCUGAUAUAAUAAUAACCUUGAAUUUUAAUGAUGAAUAUUUUAGUUUGUGAUUGGAGUGGUGGGAGGAAGCAACAUGUAACCGUAUGAAGAAAAGUUAAUUUUAUAAUACAAUAUAUAAUUAAUUAUACAA